AUGCCUUCAGCUCAAGGUCCUUCUGCUGUCCAACUUGGCUCCCUACUCAUCUCCCCACCCCUCAUCAAUUCUUCCUGCCCGUGGGCCUCCUCCCUCGCCCAACUCACUGAACUCUACGAAUGCCCCUAUACCGGCGCCGUCACGAUCAGGACUUCCACACCGCAUGGCUUUCAAGAGGACUCGAGUCACUCGCACACUCUCUUCGGGGAGAGUUCGAUCAAUAGUUAUGGAUUCUCACCCGUGUCGGUUGGGCAAUACUUGAUCUGGAUCGAGAUGAUUCACGAUAUGUCUACGAAGCGAAAGCCUUGGCUCAUCUCAAUCGGUGGCCCUGAAACAGAUCUGGAGUAUUGCUUCGAACACAUUUCCUGUCUCCUCUCCCGCCGGCCCGAUAUUCCUAUCGGAAUCGAGCUUAACUUGUCAUGCCCGAACAUCCCAUCGCAUCCCCCACCAGCAUAUUCCGGUCUCGAACUCGCAGCGAUUUGCGAACUUGUGUCGAGUUGGAAGGAGCGCCAAAAGGGAAUAACGGUGGGAAUCAAGAUUCCGCCGUAUACACAUUCCGGGAUGUAUGAUACACUAUUCUCUGCACUCCUCGGUGCAGCUGCCGGUACUAUUGAUUACGUGGCUGCAACGAAUACACUUGGGAACUCUAUCCUGCCAUCCAGUAUCGAUACCACUCUACCGUCCGGUAAGGGUGAGGGGCCAGUUUUCAUGGGCGGAAUGGCUGGGUCUGCACUUCACCCACUUUCGCUAGGUGUCGUGCGAAACCUACGGACGAGGCUACGUGAACAGGAGUAUAACGGUGGGCAUUUGAGGAAUAUCAAGAUCAUCGGAAUUGGAGGAGUAAGUGAUCGGGAGGGGUUUGAGAGGAUGAGGUAUGUUGGAGCUGAUGUGGUUGCUGUUGCGACGGCGUUGGGCAGGGAGGGCGUCGAUGUGUUUCAGAAGGUCUUGGAGGGUCAGAUUUCGAAAGACGGGAAGUAA